AUGUGGGUUGACGGUGAAGGAAUGCUUCAUGCUCUCUACUUAAACAAAGAGAAUGGUGGGAAGUGGAAGACGUUUUACAAGAACAAACAUGUUCAGACAGAUAGCUAUAAUAUGGAAAAGGAUCGAAACAAACCAGGUUUUCUUCCUGCUAUUCAAGGCGAUUCUCCUACUAUACUCCUCUCCAACCUUCUAAAUGUGUUGAGAUUUGGCGUGAUAGACAAAUACCUUAGCAACACUAAUGUGUUUGAACAUGCAAACAAAUACUACUCAAUUGCUGAGAACCAUAUGCCUCAAGAGAUCGAUAUACAUUCUCUACAAACUCAGGGAAAUUGGAAUUUUCCAAGUGAAUCUUGGAAUAGACCCUUCACAAGCCACCCAAAGAAAGCACCUGGAACGGGAGAACUAGUUAUAAUUGGUAUUGAUGCAAAAAAGCCUUAUUUUCAACUUGGUGUCAUUUCAGCUGAUGGAAAAAAAAUGGUUCACAAAGCGGAUCUCAUGUUCGAUAGAUGUGCUGUUUGCCAUGAAAUAGGUGUUACACAAAGAUACAAUGUGAUCAUGAAUUUCCCGCUAACAGUUGACAUAAGUCGACUUGUUCUUGGAGGCCAGUUAAUGAAGUUUGAAAAAGAUGGAUAUGCAAGAAUUGGGAUAAUGCCACGCUAUGGUGAUGCCAAUUCCAUCAAAUGGUUUGAGGUUGACCCUUGUUGUGUAUUUCACAUCAUUAAUUGUUUCGAACAUAAUGAUGAGGUGGUGGUGAGAGCAUGUAGAGCUCAUCAAUCAGUUAUACCGGGACCUAGUUCUAGUGUCAACCACUUAGAAAAGUUAUCCAAAUGGAUUAAAAGGGAAACAAGUUUCAUAGAUGACGACUCUGAUGAGUUCACAAAAGAAUCAAUUUUCUCUCGUGUUUGCGAAUGGAGAUUAAACAUGAAAACUGGAGAGAUUAAAGAGAAGAAGAAUCUAUCUGGAGAUGAGUUUGCAAUGGAAUUCCCUAUCAUCAAUGAAAAGUUGUCUGGAUUUAGAAAUAAAUUUGCUUAUCUACAAGUUGUUGAGUCAACAGAGUUGUCUGCCUCAGGAUUCGCUAAAUUUGGUGGGCUAGUCAAGCUUCAUUUUGAAGAAAAGAAAACCUUUAAUAUGGAUGAAGAAGAUGAAUUGAUUAAAGCAGGAUAUCACAUGUUCCCAAAGAACACAUUUUGUUCAGGAACUUCCUUUGUUCCAAAACCUGAAGGCAUCGAUGAAGACGAUGGUUGGAUCAUUACAUUUACGCAUAACGAAAAUGAAAAUAUUUCUCAAGUUUGUAUAAUUGAUGCAAAGAAAUUUACGAAAGAGCCAGUUGCUAUUAUAACUUUAUCGAGUAGGGUGCCAUAUGGAUUUCAUGGAGCUUUCAUGCCAUUAACGUCUUAA